AUGUACAAAUUGUUUGUCCUUGCUGCCUUCUUUGCCGUUGCUGCUGCCCGCCCUGGUUACUUGGGUGGAUCCCAUGUCAGCUACGGUGCUCCCCUGGCAACCACCAUUGUCCAAGAACCUGCCUUGGCCCAUGUUGGCACUGUGGUGAAGAGCAUACCCACCGCUGUAUCCCAUCAAUCCAUCUCUCAAGUCCAUUCAUCUGCCAAAUAUGUUCAGCCAAUUGUUGUUCCUGUUGUUAAGACCUAUUCGGCUCCUGUCUACAAGACCUAUGCCCCAGUUGCUCCUGUUGUGAAGACGAUUGCCACUCCUUUGGUACAUAGCUAUGCCGCAACUCCUUUGGUCUCAUCGGCUUAUACUAGCUACAAUUCGGUUCCUGUUUUGAAAAGUUACGCUUCUUAUGCUCCAUCUUAUGGUGGUGCCUAUGGCAGCCAUGGUUGGUAAG